AUGACCUCUCAACAGAAUUUUGAUGGUAUCAAGUGGCUGGAUAUGCUCCUUCAUUUAAAGGAUAUGGAUGGCCCGAAUAGUCUUUCAAAAGCUCUCCUUCUCUGCUGGCAAGUUUGGGAGGCUCGAAACAACUGUGUUUUUAAAGACAUUGCCCCUCACCCAGUUAGAGCUCUCAAUGUUGCUGGUCAGGUUGGUCUAGACUACUGGAAAAUCAACUCCAUCCCCAACAUCAAUUGCAAGGGAUUUGGACGUACCUCUACACUUGAAGUCUAG